AUGUCAGUGGGAAAUGCACGGACGCCCAUCGAAGCACCCAUGUGUGAUGCAAUCCCAAGGAUCCAAGUCGCGAUGCAAAGUUUGAAAGGUGUAGUGGAGAAGGCUUUCGCCGAAUCGACCGAUCGAGUCGAUGUGAACAUCCCGCAACGAGUUACAUGUCUUGUGGGUGGUGAUGUCCACACUCAUUCAACGCCCAAGACGUACGAGAAAGAAAGGAAUGUGCCCCUUCCUGUCGCGGCUCAACAAGAUGUUUACAAAUGUUGGCCUUGGGUAUUGAGAAACGAGUCACAAGUUCACAUGAAAGUCGUGGAUUGUGCGGAACUCCAGGCUACCAGGGACGCCACGUGGAGGCGAGGGAAAAGGAAGACUGGGCCAGGAAGUAAGUAA